UCUGCUCCCUUGGACCUUUUAGGAGCCCUUUUUAGAAAAACUCCAGUACUACAGAAGUAAAACAAUGUCCAAAGAAUGUGAUUUACAUAAGAAAGAGAAAGUGUCAACCAUUUGCAACCUACUAUAUCAGGCACCACCAGGUGAAUUUAGUAAUGUAUUUGAAGAUCUCCGUACUCUGGUCCAGGAUGAUGAGCUGAUGAGGCAGGAGGUUGCCCAGGUCUGUGCCCAUCACAAUAAGAACAACUUCACCUCAGUUAGAAUAGAAGGAAGAAAUAUACUGGUAACUCGCUAUAAUGACUUGGGAGGAAAUCGCUUCUUUGACCCUCAAAACAAAUUUUCUUUCAAAUUUGAUCACCUGAGUGAAACAGCAAGCAAAUUUCAGCUUCAUGGUGUUCUGCUAGAUGAGACAGAGUUAUGGAGAAGAGCCCUCAAUAGUGCUUUAAAGGCAUAUGUGAGCAGUUACUUUCCUUCAGGGGACUGCAGUGUGUUUAGAAAAACUUUGAAGAAUAGGCAGAUAUUUGUGGUUUGCAUUGUAGGUCACGAGUACAAAGCCCUGGGUUUCUGGAAUACCAUUUGGAAAUCGGAAUGGACUUUUGCCCUAUCUCCAGUUAUUACACAGGUCACAGGAAUCUAUCAUUUGCAAAUACACUACUUUAAUUAUGCUAAUCUUCACAUGACAGUGAGUAAGACAACUGAAGAAGUCUUGCAUGUUAUAGACCAAGCACAGUUGGCCAUGGAUUUUGUGAAACUCAUAGAAGCUGAAGAUAACAAUUUUCAGGUUGCCUUGAUAGAAAACUUACAAGCCUUGUCAGAAGAAACAUGGGGAAAAACUGUACGAAGACGACUACCAGUCACUAACACUGUCAUGAACUGGAAUAAGUUACUGACCAACCAGAACCUAGGGACCGGCAUUUCUAAAUGCAGAAUUUGAGUAAAUGUCUAGACCAAACAAAGCUAAUGAUUAUUGUGGAGAGCAGAUUUAUUUCUGGUUAAUUUAGGCAAAUUUAGACUUCUGUCACUAGAUCACCACUUUGAAUUUAAUCCAAGUCAGUAGUCACUAAAAGUUGUUAACAUUUGAGGGGUUUGUUACCUUCUGAAGCAACUGGUAUGGGCCAGUACUGGUGGUGAUUUGAUCUGGUGUGUAAAGUGUGAGAUUUCUGUGUUCUUAUCUUCAGUAGUAAGUUCACUUUACCUGGAAAUAAGUUCAUUUCACUCUAUAUUUAGCAUUCAUUAUGGGAAAAUGUAUGAAGCCACUGUUCUAACAGUAUUAAAGGGCAAACACCGACUGUUCAGAUAGCAUUGAAACAUAGGACAUUCAGUCUUCAAGUUAUAUAUGUCAAUGUUUUUCUAUAUUAUAAUCUUAUAAACUGAGACAUGAAAAUGGGGGGAAUACAUAUGGUUGUUGGCAUUAAUGUCAGGGCCCACCAGUGAUGUGACCUACGAGCAAAAGAAGAAACUUACAGUAGCUGUCAUCCUAGUGUAGCAAAAUUAAUGAAACAGCCAUUCCCCUCUCCUAGUUUUGACAGUUGAAUAAAAAGUAAAUUAAAGUAAAGUAAAAUUUCA